CUGUAACCUUGUUGAGAUACUGUUCUGCGACUGAGGUGAAACAUCGGAGCGUGAAUGAACCAGGGUUAGAAAUUUUCCCACAGGCUUCCUCUCCAUGUCCGCAGUGGCUCCCUCCAGUCCCACCAGUCUCGCGGUGCCGGCUCUAGUCCAGUUCCAGCUCGGCCUGUUCAGGGAGGUGGUUCAAGUCCCUGCCAGCAACCUGAGCUACCGCCAUGCCAAGAGGCUGGCUGCAGAGGUCAUAGAGCGCAAGGCUCCAGACUGCAGCGUGGUCGGCGUCGGGGAGAAGAUUUUGCUGUUCCGACAUCAGCCCGCCUCUGAGCAGCUGCUGCAGCGCCUGACAGACCGCGACGAGCUGCAGGAUGGAGACCUCAUCGAGGUCAUCAUCGCAGUAUCAGCCUCCGUGACCGAGAUGAGGAUCCGUCCACACUCCCUGCUGGUCUACUCGUACCGGACUCCCACUUUCUGUCACCACUGUGGAGAAAUGCUGUGGGGCCUCGUUCGACAGGGGUUAAAAUGUGACGGGUGUGGAUUGGACUUCCAUAAACGUUGCGCCUUCCAGUUGCCCAACGACUGUAGUCGAACGCGGCGUCAGGUCAGCACCAGCCUCUCCCUGUUUCCUCCCCGACGACCCCGUGUGCACUCCCUCUCUAAUCAGGCGGGAGGCAGUCUGGAGGAGAUCAGCAUGUCCAAGCCCUCAUCCAGGCCUCCGUCCUGGGCAGAGCCUCCGGUGUGGCUGGGUGUCGGGUGUGGGGACAAGAGCAGGGCUCAGGUCCCUCACACCUUCCACAUCCACAGCUACACCAAACCCACCGUGUGCCAGUACUGCUACCGGCUGCUCAAGGGGCUCUUCAGACAGGGGCUGCAGUGCUCAGACUGCAGGUUUAACUGCCACCGGCGCUGCGAGCCUUUAGUCGCCAGAGACUGUCCGGGAGAGAGGAGAGGCGUCAACGGCGAAGAAUCCACAGCAGCUGGUCACAGCUGCCCACCAGACCCAGACGACAAUGAGUCAGAGCUCACCAGUAUAACAACACUAGAUCUCUCUGACGACGAGAUGUCCACUGACGGUGACUCGCCGGCAGAGUUCAGGGAGGUCGAGCCAAUCAGUCCGUGUUUCAGCAGCAACAUCCCUCUGAUGAGGCUCGUCCAGUCGGUGCAUCACACUAAGAGGAGAGCCGGUGGAGUCCUGAGAGAGGGGUGGCUGCUGCACCACACCAACACUGACAUGCUGAGGAAACGUCAUUACUGGAUCUUGGACAGGAAGAGCAUCACUCUGUACCAGAACGAGAUCAGCACCAAGUACUACAAAGAGAUCCCUCUGUCCCAGGUGCUGCAGGUCCGAGGCCCCGCCCAGCUCUCCACGCCUUUGUUGCCGGGCGACAGCGCUCACUCCUUUGAGGUGGUGACGGCCUCGCUGGUGUACUGCGUGGUGGCGGGAGAGGACGGGCCCGCCUGGGAGAGCGCCAUCCAUCAGGGUCUGAUGCCCGUGGAGAGCAGCGAGGGACACGACGACAACCGCGAUGAUCAUUCACACAGAGACAGCACGGACAUCAGCUCGGUGUACCAGAUCUUUACGGACGAGGUGCUGGGUUCAGGACAGUUUGGAGUGGUGUACAGAGGUACUCACAGGAAGUCGGGUCGGCCAGUCGCCAUCAAAGUCAUCGACAAGACGCGUUUCCCCACCAAACAAGACAGACAGCUGAGGAACGAAGUGUCCAUAUUGCAGAAUCUGUCGCACCCCGGUGUGGUUCUGUUGGAGGGGAUGUUCGAGACCGUCGAGCACGUCUUUGUCGUCAUGGAGAAGCUCCAUGGAGACAUGCUGGAGAUGAUUCUGUCCAGUGAGAAAGGACGACUCCCUGAACGCAACACUCGCUUCCUGGUUAUGCAGAUCCUUGAGGCUUUGCGCUAUCUGCACUUCAAACAUAUCGCUCACUGCGACCUCAAACCUGAGAAUGUUCUUCUGGCCUCUGCAGACCCCUUUCCUCAGGUGAAGCUGUGCGACUUCGGCUUCGCCCGCAUCAUCGGCGAGAAGUCGUUCCGCCGCUCGGUCGUGGGGACGCCGGCCUACCUGGCGCCUGAGGUGAUCAGCAGCUGCGGCUACAACCGCUCUCUGGACAUGUGGUCUGUGGGCGUCAUCACGUAUGUGAGCCUGAGCGGGACGUUCCCCUUCAACGAGGACGAGGACAUCAGGCAGCAGAUCACCAACGCUGCCUUCAUGUACCCGCGACAAACCUGGGCCUCCACCUCACUGGAGGCGGUGAGUCUCAUCAAUAACCUGCUGCAGGUGUCGGUGAGGAGGAGGUUCAGUGUGGGCAAAGCUCUGGGACACACCUGGCUGCAGGACUUCCAGCUGUGGUGCGACCUCAGGGAGUUCGAGCAGAGGAUGGGCUGCAGGUAUCUGACACACAAAGGGGACGAGGAGCGCUGGAUACGCUAUGCCCAGGAGAGAGGCCUGAAUUUCCCCUCCCACCUCAGCUGACACGUGACCUCAGCACAAGGGUUUAAAGCCAGGUGGUCAAGUCUCUCCAGACGACGG